GAGAGAGAGAGAGUGUGGGGGGGAGGCAUGUGAAAAAGGGGUGGGGGGUAGAUUUUAGUGCCGUGCUGGAUAAAACAACCCCCCACUUACUAACCGAGAGGGAAAGUAGCCUAAUGGGAAGAAAAGAGGGGGUGUCGUACUGUUCAUUUAACGCUCAGCGACGAGGAGGAAGCCAUUCUGGAAGCCCACGAUGAGAGCAGGGAAGGCUGUAGCUGUCUGCUGUAAAGCUUAAGGGCCUGAACAACAGAGAAAACUAAAAAUACAAAUCAACAUCGUGGCAACGCAAAACCCUGAAGAAAUAUGUCUCGAACAGAAGAAGUCAACAAGAUGACAGAAAAUGUCUACAAGGGGAUUCUGGACCAGUUCAACCCCAGUCUGAAGAACUUUGUGACCAUGGGAAAACACUAUGAGAAAGCCCUGACAGGAGUGACCGUGGCUGCAAAAGGGUACUUUGAUGCUCUGGUGAAACUCGGAGAGCUGGCCAGCGACAGCCAAGGCUCCAAAGAACUGGGAGACACGCUGUUUCAGAUGGCCGAGGUCCACAGACAGAUUCAGGUGCAGCUGGAAGACGUGUUAAAGCUCUUUCACUCUGAGCUACUCGCCCAGUUGGAACAGAAACUGGAAUUGGAUAUCAAAUACCUCACAGCCACUCUGAAGAAGUACCAGAGUGAGCGGAGGUCUAAGUCUGAGUCCAUCGAGCGCUGCCAGUCACAGCUGAAGAAGCUCCGCAGGAAGAGCCAGGCCAGCCGCCACCCGAACAAAUAUGGAGACAGAGAGAUGCAGUUUGUGGAGCUGAUGAGUCGUCGCCAAGGAGAGCUGGACACCCUGGUUGCCUCGGGUUACAAGUCUGCGCUCACAGAGGAGAGGAGACGGUACUGCUUCCUGGUGGACAGACAGUGCUGUGUCACCAAACUGCUCAUCAACUACCACUCAAAGGUGCGUGAGCUUCUGUCCCAGAAACUCUCUUCUUGGCAGCAGUCAUGUUCUCAGCCCACAAAGCUUCCAGAGCGCGCUCUGAAUCUGCUGCGUCACACUGCGCCUCAAGGCUCGGGCGCUGCCGGGAUAGCCGAGGUCCUCCGCCACACAAAGAUCGGCUCCGCUCAGCCGGAACAGAGGCUCUCUGUUCAAGAAGUGCCUCCUCUGCUGAACGGAGACUCCGGUCGCUCCCAGCAGCGCUCGCUGCCCUCCCUCUCCCAGAGUGAGGCCUGUCCUCCUCAGGGAUCCCCCCAGACAUUCUGCUCUCUCUCCACUGGCAGACCUGCUGGAGGCUCGUCCCAUGGAGCGUCUCCUGAGCACACCAGCACACCCAUUGAUGCAUCAGCCAGCCCCCCCCCCGACAGCAGCGCCACCCCCACCACCUCCGGUGGAUCGGCCCUGCAGAGCUCCCUCCUGGCUACCAACACGUCCAACCUCUCCCCGAGCCUCAUCCCCUCCACCGUGAUGUCGCUCAGCCAGAUGUCCUCGGCCGCCAGCCCCCCGCACGGCAUGACCCUCCCCAUCCCCCACAGCGCUCCUCACAGUCCGCCACUGCCCCACAGUGCUCCGCUCUCCAGGGCCAUGACUCCUGUGCAGUUACUGCACCAUCACGGGGGGCCGGGAGGAAGCAGUACUUUGUCUCCGUCACAUAACCCCUGGCUGCUGAAGACCGCCGACAUGUGUGCGACCGCUACGCUCCCGCUGCCCAAGAGACCCGGCGGUGAAACCCGGCAGGGCGGCUUUCAGGGUUCCAGUCUUCCCAGGAUGCUGCCUUUAUCCGAACCUUCUCGCGUGGAAGCCAUGUUCGCUCACACCCCCGGUGCAUUGGAGAGCGGCGGUUUAGGGGGCGGGGCUUGCUUACUGCACUUCCUGCCCGGUGACGACAUCACCCUGCUCAUCUCUGAGCCCAGAGACGGGUGGCAUUACGGUCAAAAUGAGCGAACCGGACGGAAAGGCUGGUUCCCUUUCUCCUACACUCAGUCCCACCACAGUAAGCUGGAUCACCUCGAGAGCUCUCUCUUCUUGUCGAAGGCUAACAGCACCAGUACGGGCCAGCUCGACAAGCUGGUGUCUGCAGGUCUGCCGGCCCUCACCUCCAAAUCAGAGGAGGAGCACUCCCUUCCUCCCCAGAGGGUCAGCACCUUCCGCCCCCGCCCGUACAGCAUGGCCGACAGCAACAAGAUCACUGCAGAAUUGGUCUCUCCACAACUCUCUCCAACCCGGGCCAAUCCAUUUGCCCACGUCCGACUCAGAAGAACCGUCACCAACGAUCGCUCGGCUCCCAUCAUCGAGUAAGAGAUUCAUUCCCAGAGCAGAAGCAGAAACCUCGUUCUCUGUGGUUUGUUAGCUCAUCAAACAUCAGGUUGAAUCCUGGAGUUAAUCGGUUGCUGUUAAUUCUUUACUUUGGAUUUUCUCUUUGGCAAAUUAAUUAGACAGAUUUUUCUUGUGCAGGAAUAGAACAUCUUUAAAUCAAAGUAUAUCAUGUGUAAAGGUUGAUUUAAAAAAAAAAAAAAAACUUUUAGAAAUAUGACUACAAUCCAUUACAUUUGAGUUAGUUUAUAGGAAGAAACAAAACUCCUUUGAGUCUCCUUUCUUCGAGUUCUGUUUGAUUCACAGACAUUCAAAUCAAAUCUAGGUUAGCUUAAUGAAACAGAAAUAAGGUGUCCAACUGUUCUUAGUUUAGUGGUUGAGAUCAACAUGGUAUAUCCUCCAGAUAACUAACACUUUUAGGCUUUUAACCGGCCAAUGAAAGAUGCAGCUAAUAGUAGAUUUUAUUUCUCAACAUAACCUGGCUACAGUUAUUUUUUGUGCCAUUUAAAAACGUUUUCUCUGUUGGGCUGAUCCGGGGACUGGCUCCUAAUAGCAGGCUGUGAUCUUUUACUUUCACUUUUAUGGUAAGAGGACAGGCUCCUACUCGAAAAGUGCUGUUACAAUAUUAUAUUGUUUCUUGGUUUCAGUGAAGAUGAACUUUUACAUUUAUUCAGAGUGAUUUUUCUAUUUUAAAACAUGAUUGUUUGGUUGAAAGAGACUUGAUGUAAUGGCAUUUCUUUUUUUACCGUAACCUUAAAUGACUGAACAUGGGCAAAGUCACUGGCCAAUAGAUUGUAUGUUUAUACCAAUUAACUCUAUACGAUCGGCUGCAUUAAAUAUAAAUAUUAAUGUUUAUGUAUAUAAAUUCUUUAUCUGGACUCAAAAUUGUUUGUUAAUUCAAGCGAUUGAUCAAUGAGAAGUGUUAGCUUUUGAGAGAAAUACUUACAGAGAAUCCUACAAAACAGAAAAACGAAUGAGCUUAAAACUGUAAAAGUUAAGGUUGAACGUUUGGAAAGUGUUAUCACCGAAAGUAUUUGUUGUUAUUUUGAGAAAGUAGCAUAAUGUGGAAGGUUAAAGUGUUAAGAAUGAGAAAUGUGGGUGCUUAGUCUUUGGAUUUAAUGUCUUCUUGAUUCCUAUUUAGUCCUAAAUCUAAACUAGACAACAACUAUGCUAGAUCAUUCUAGUUGUACGUUGACCAAUCAGACUGAGCAGAAUCUAUAAGAGGGAUCUGAAAGCCGAGACCGAAGAUGGGAUUACGGUUUAAGGGGGAAAUAUUUCUAUGAAGGUGAUGAAGAAUGUAUAAGGGAAGUUGAGCAAGUGUUGUAACUCAUGUAACUCUGUAGUCGCCUGUAUAAAACUGUUAUAAAGAGGAAAACUUUGUAUUUGUACAAACUGAAAUGCUUAAUGUUCCUGUUGUAACUACCUUGAGUUUCUGUCAUAUUUUAGUACCUUGGAUAUUCAAGAUAACGCCAACAAGGUUUGGAUUGAAUACCCUAUAACAGAAAAUAUAUUACUUAGUAGUACGGCAUCAUUAUUAAUAGAUUAGUAGAAUGAGGGAGCUAAUGCGUAUUCAUGCUUGUAAAUAGGGCUUAAAAUGUGUGUGAUGGUAAGACUUUUAUUUGACUUCUUUUUUUUAUAUUUCACUUUGGUGGACAUUUGGACAUUGUAAAAGCUGCAUGCACAGUAAACUCCCAUCGUAUAUUAUUUUUAGAAUUCAAACUUUUCUCUUCAACUCUGAACAGGAAAUGACACAGUAUGGAAUAAGAUAUUAUUCGCUUACAUCGUUCUGAAUACGUUUUAAACAUAUUUGCCCCAAACACAGAGUUAAUAACUUGUCAUUCUUCCCUUGAAAUGUAAAUGUAGUGUAUUUACAACAUAUCUAAAUGCUGUAAUAAGACUAAGAAAACUAUUUGUUAAAAAUAUGCUAAACUGCUUAAGAUGCAAUAACCGAAAAUGUUGUAAAUAGGAAUUAUGUGUGUCAAUGUCCAAAUGUUACCUCAAAUCCAUGCAUUGGCAUCUAUAGAGGGAGCCUUUUGCAAAAAAGAUAUUACUAAAUACAGGAACUUUUGCAAAGUCCAUAACCCCUCUGCCAAAGUGAAAUACCUAAUUGCAACCCAUUUUACACCAUUCCUAGGUUUAGUCAUUCAGUCUGUUCUCUGAAUUGCAUCAAAAUCAAAUCCUGGAGACUUCAGAUGUGAUGAUGAGUACUGUAGGAAAAGACUUAAUCUGAAAAAAUGAAUUUUGACAUUUUAUGAAAUAAAAGUUCUGUGAAGGAAAUCUUAGUCAAUCUUUGCUCUGCAUACAUUUGGACUACGUACAUGCACAGUUUUGCACACAAUACAUGCACAGCCUGAGACAAACAAUUAAAUUGCAUUAAAUUAGGGCCGGGAUUUUAGCGUGUUAAUUACGAUUAAUUAAUUACA